AGAAGACUCAAGAGUAACUCAUGGAAAAAGUCGACGACAGCCCGCCGGCUCGUCGGGCGUUGGGGGCAAGAUCAAGAGGGUUGGGAAUUCGAUUCUUAGCCGCUCCUUUACUCGCCUUCUUACUUCUCUACAAUGUUGUUCCCAGCGUGCACGACUCGGUCCAAUCCUUCUUCUCGCUGCACGGAUGGAAUAUCGAACAACUCCCUCUCGCCGACACUGCUCAAGGAACGUUUGUGGGAAAGGUGUUGGACAACAAUGCCCAUCCGAUCCCCGUGGAAGCAUGGCUUGGCAUUCCAUAUGCACUGCCGCCCGUGGGAGAUUUGAGGUUUGCUAAACCGGUGCCCGUUCCGGAUAGCAAUGAGACUAUCCAGGCGACUGAGUACUCGCUACGAUGUCCUGGCAAGCAACUGCUCCGAAUCCCCGGAACACCAUGGCUCGAGGCGAGCGAAGACUGUCUGACAUUGAACGUCUUUCGAUGGAGAGGGACUUUUGCCAAUGCCAAACUUCCCGUUCUGGUCUAUAUUCAUGGCGGAGCCUUCAAUCGAGGCUUUGCUGCCAUGCACGAUACGGCUUCCAUGCUGGCCAAUUCCGAAGAGCCUUUUAUCGCCCUGUCUUUCAACUACCGGAUCGGCGCUCUGGGCUUCCUGAACAGCCCCCUGACGGAGAAGGAGGGACUCCUCAAUCUGGGUCUCCACGAUCAGAAGCUGUUGCUGGAGUGGGUACAGAAGAACAUUGAGAGCUUUGGCGGAAACGCCAACGAUGUCACGAUCGCAGGCCUCAGUGCGGGCGCACACUCCAUCGGCCACCAUAUCAUGGAUAUCAAUGAGAAGCGCGAGCUGUUUCACAAGGCCAUUAUCGAGUCUGGAGCUGCCACCUCGCGAGCGGUACACCCAGCACAUUCCCAAUUGCAUCGCGAACAGUUUGAGAAAUUCGUUGCAGAGGCCGGCUGCAAUGGCAAGGCGGAAAGUGAAGUCCUCCCUUGUCUGCGCGAAGUUUCCACCGAAGUGAUCCAGACAGCACAGACUGCCGUCUUUGACGAAUACAACCCUUCUGUCCGAUGGGCAUGGCAACCCGUAUUAGACAACGACAUCAUCUCUCGUCGACCACUCGACGCAUGGAAAUCUGGCCACUGGCACCGCGUGCCCAUCAUCACAGGAUUCAACCACAACGAGGGCACCAUGUACGUGCCCAAACAGACCGAGUCCAGCGAAGAUUUCACCAACUUCUUCGCCACUCUCCUUCCCCAAUUGACCCCCAAAGACCUCUCACGCCUGAACGACCUCUACCCGGAUCCCUCCUCAGACAUCCUCUCGCCCUACUUCGACACCAGAAAUUUAACCGCCCUCGGCAUCGGAGCCCAAUACAAACGCGUCGAAGCUGCCUACGGCCACUACGCAUACGUCUGUCCCGUCCGACAAACCUCUCACUUUGCCAGCAUCAGCAGCAUCAGCAGUGCAGGCUCCGCAGCACCACCAAUCUAUCAAUAUCACUGGGCAGUCAACCGCACCAUCCUCGGAGGCGCCAACCACGGAGAUCAAAUGUGGUACGAAACCCUCUCUCCUCUCGUGCGCGAAAUUUCUCCCACGCAAGAAGAAAUUGCCAAAAUUUUCAAUUCGUAUUUGACGAGUUUUGUGGUUACGGGUGAUCCGAUGACUUUGAGGGGCAGGAAGGCGGUUCAGAGGCCUGUGUGGAAAGCGUGGAAUGGUGAUGAUGAUGUGGGGGGCAAGAGUACGAUGAUUUUUGGAAAGGAUAAUGAUGAAGCUGCUGGGGGGUCGAAUGUGGGUGUUGCUGCUCAGGUGGUGGUUGAUGAGUGGGCGGAGGAAGAAUGUAGAUUUUGGUGGGAGAAGUCGGAGGUUCCAGAGGAUUAGAUUUUACGUUUUUUUCUUUUUUUUUCUUUUUUUUGUGUAUGAAAAUGAAUUCAUGAAAUGAGACGAC